AUGUCUGAGAGUACAAGUAAAUUUACAGAGCCCAAGGAUGACAGAACGCAAGGUACAAGUGGUAACAGUGAUCGAGUACCAAAGAAAGGUAUUGCACUUAUUGGGGAUUCAAUAAUCAAAAAUGUUAGUCCGGUAAAACUCUCAAAAAGGAAAGUUUAUAAAUUCACAUAUCCAGGUAAAACAACUAUAGAAAUAACUAAUGAGCUUGCCAAAAUUAAUAUUAAACCGGACCAGUCUCAUGUUGUUAUUCACGCAGGGACAAAUGAUGUCCCUGUUGAAUCUAUAGACGAAUGUGUUGGUAACAUGGAAAAACUUAUUACAACAGCUAAACAGAAAUUCCCUAAUUCUAAAAUUGGAAUUUCUGGACUUACAUUGAGACAGGAUAGUGAUUUAAUAUCAAAAAUAGAAGAAAUUAAUGAGAAA